AUGUCAAAGAAGCCCGACCAGGAGACAACAUUACCCUCUCAAACAGAAACUGACGUUACAAAUACCACAGUGAAAAAGAGGCCCAAGGAUCCCAGUGUGUCGAUAUGGCAGCUGUUUCGCUUCGCUACACCGCUGGAGCGAUUAAUGAUAUUGAUAGCCAUCAUUUGUUCAGCUGGCUCAGGUGCAAUGCAACCUAUUUCCAUCAUCAUUUACGGAUCUUAUAUUUCAAAUGUCACAUCAUCACUUACAGACUACAGUCAACUACUAGAAUCUACCUUGCCUGUGAUCCACACAAUGGCUUACAUGGGCACAGCAGUUUUGGUAGCAUCUUACAUCUCAAACUGCUUUUGGAUUGUUACUGGAGAAAACCAAGCACGUCGCAUUCGAGGACUUUAUGUGCAUUCAGUGCUUCGUCAAGACAUGAGCUGGUUUGAUAUGGCUGCAGAAGGAUCUUUGACUACUCGACUGGCCAAUGACACACAGCUCAUUCAAGAAGGAAUCUCAGAGAAAUUUGGUCAAUUCGUGAUGUUGCUUUCGCAAUUCAUUGCUGGUUUUGUAGUUGCUUUCAUCAAAGGCUGGAGACUUGCUGUCAUUAUGCUUGCCGUUAUGCCACUGCUUGUUGUUGCUGGUGGCUGUAUGGGCUAUUUUAUCACUAAAUAUACCUUGGCUUCCCAGAAUGCGUAUGCAUCAGCUGGCUCCAUUGCUGAGCAAGUGUUCAAUUCCAUCCGUACGGUGUAUUCAUUUUCAUUGCAAAAAAGAUUUUCUGAGCGCUACAAUAACGAACUCAACAAUGCUCUCAAAACUGGCAUCAAGCGUGGCACUUCACUAGGUAUUGGCUUUGCCUUUUUCAUGUUCUUUCUGUUUGGCACCUAUUCAUUAGCGCUUUGGUAUGGUGCAACACUUGUCGUGAGAGGCCAACUCACGGGGCCCAUUGUACUUGUUGUAUUUCUAGCAAUGAUGAUGGGUUUUACGAGUUUGUUGCAAUUACCAGCUAAUCUAUCUGCUGUCUCCUCAGCAUGCGGUGCUGCUUAUAAGAUCUUUGCCACUAUUGACCGCGUACCUGAAAUUGAUGUCGAUGCUCAAGAUGGUGUGGUCCCUGGUUCUAUCAGAGGUGAAAUUGAAUUCAACAAUGUCAAAUUCAAGUACCCUACUCGCCCUGAUCUUAUUAUUUUGAAAGAUCUCUCUUUGAAGAUCAAGCCUGGAAUGACGGUAGCUUUCGUGGGCGCGAGUGGCUCUGGUAAAUCAACUACUGUGCAGCUCGUUCAAAGAUUCUAUGAUCCUAUAAGUGGCUCUGUUACCCUGGAUGGACAUGAUCUCAAAUCGUUGAAUGUCAAAUGGCUGCGACGAAACAUUGGUGUUGUAGGGCAAGAGCCAGUCUUGUUCAAUAUGAGCAUCCGCUCAAACCUCGCCAUGGGAGUCGACAGAGAUGUGCCUGACCAAGAAAUCAUCACUGCCUGCAAAGAGGCCAACUGCCACUCAUUCAUUUCUCAACUUCCUGAUGGCUACAACACUCUAGUAGGUGAGCAUGGCGGCAUGUUGUCUGGUGGUCAAAAGCAGAGAAUUGCAAUUGCUCGUGCUAUUUUGAAGAAUCCUACCAUAUUAUUGUUAGAUGAGGCAACCUCUGCCUUGGAUACACAAUCUGAGCGUCUUGUGCAAUCUGCCUUGGACAAAGCCUCUACCAGUCGUACUACUAUUGUUGUUGCCCAUCGUCUGUCUACCAUUGUCAAUGCUGAUCUCAUUGUCGUCUUGGAUCACGGUGAUAUCAUUGAGCACGGCAAACACAAUGAGCUGCUCAAGAUGAACGGUGUCUAUACUGACUUAGUGCGUAAACAGAUGAUUAAUACCGACCAAAACGAUGCUCCUAAAGACUUGGAUCCUGAGGCCCUCCUUCAGCAAGAGCAAUUGGAUAUAAAAAACCAGACUCAUGUGCUAGAAAAUCAACAGGCACUCGAAAUCAGCCUUACCCACAACAGCACUACUUACAACGACGAAAAGCCUACCGUCUAUCACGACCACCGUACCGCUUCUCCGUCCAGCAAUGCAAGCUCUGACACCAUCAAUGCGUUCGACCUCAAACUUCAAAAGCAAAAGGAAGAAAAGAGGCUGAUGAAAAAGCAAGAUGCGCCUGUCAGAAAAGUGCUGCAACAAAUGCGACCUGAAUGGAAAUUGAUUGCCCUUGGUAUCCUUGGUGCAGCCAUUGCUGGUGCUGUGUUCCCUGUCUACUCGUUUGUAUUUUCCAAGGUGAUUGCCGUCAUUAGUUUACCUGGUGAAGAUAUCAAUCCGGGUCCUAUGCAAGGUGCCAGUCUGUACGCUUUCAUUUUUCUGAUCCUCGGUAUCGCCGCUUUUAUUGGCUUUGGCCUGCAAACAUUGGCUUUUGGAAUUGCUGGUGAGCUAUACAUAAAGCGUCUGCGUGGAAACAUUUUUGCGUCUUACAUGCGUCAAGAGAUUGGCUGGUUUGACAGAGAUGAAAACAAUGCAGGUGCCCUUACAGCUAAGCUGGCGGUCGAUGCUCGUAAUGUCAAUGAAAUGGUGACAAAAGUAUGGGGAGAUUUGACGCAGCUCAUUAUCACUAUCUGUGUUGGCUUGAUCAUUGCUUUCAUUUAUAGUUGGGCUCUCACUCUGAUCAUCUUGUGUAUGGCUCCUUUCAUCAUGGUCGCUACUUCUUACGAAUCCAAAAUUCAUCGUGGUUUUGAGGAUAAAACCAAAAAAGCCAAUGCUGAAAGCGGAGAGGUUGCUGGUGAAGCCAUUCGUGAGAUCCGUACUGUGGCUGCUUUGAACAAGCAAUGUUACUUUGAAGAACGUUACUAUCAUGCUACUGAGCAUCCGCACAAACUCGCCGAGCGCAAGGCCUACUUCUCAUCCAUUGGCUAUGCUUUGAAUCGUGGUAUCAGUCUGUACACGAGCGCUGUCAGUUUCUAUGCGGGCAUGCGUCUUAUCAUCAACGGCACCAUCUCGUUUCAACAAAUGUUCACAACAAUGACUGUAGUCAUGACAACCGCCGAAAGUGCUGGUCGUAGCUCCGUCUUUGCUAGUACCUUUGCCAAAGCAAAAUACUCGGCUAUCGCAUCUUUUGAAGUAAUGGAACGUCAGCCAGAGAUUGAUCCUGAUCUGGAGGGCAUUGAACCUGCUCUUGGCUCAGUGCAUGGUGAUAUCAACUUCAAGAAUAUAGAAUUUGCCUAUCCUGCUCGUCCUGACACUCAGAUCUUCAACGGUGGAUUCAAUCUUACUGGUAAGGCUGGUCAAACUAUUGCCUUGGUGGGAAAUUCUGGCUGUGGAAAAUCAACAACCAUUGGCAUGUUUCAACGCUGGUAUGAUCCUCUCUCUGGUUCAGUCAUACUGGAUGCAAAUAAUGUCAGAUCGUACUCUCUAAACAAUUUGCGUAGCCAUAUGGCACUUGUUGGACAAGAACCUGCGUUGUUCGACAUGUCGGUGCUGGACAAUAUUUGCUUUGGCGUCGAUGAUGGUAUAGAGGUCACCCGAGAAGAAGUCGAAGCAGCAUGCAAGGCCGCCAACAUCCACAACUUCAUCGUUGGUUUACCCAAGGGAUACGAUGAAAGAGUAGGUAAUAAGGGUAGCCAACUAUCUGGCGGUCAAAAGCAAAGAAUUGCCAUUGCUCGUGCGUUGAUCCGUAAACCAAAAGUGCUGCUAUUGGAUGAGGCUACGUCUGCUCUUGAUAGCGAUAGUGAAAAACUUGUACAGGAGGCUUUGGAUAACAUCUUGGAAGAAGGUGGUCGCACAACGAUUACUAUAGCUCAUCGUUUAUCUACCAUCCAAACUGCUGAUUUGAUUUGUGUCGUCAAAGAUGGCCGUGUGUUUGAGCAAGGCACGCAUUGGGAACUACUUUCGCUGGAUGGCAUCUAUGCUGGACUUGUCAAGGAACAAUCUUUGAGUAUCUUGUAA